AUGGACCUCCUUAGGCGCAUGUCCAUCAAGCCGGAGCCAAUCGACGAAGAUGCAAUAACACAACUCAGUCAGCAGCGUCGCAAAUCGUCUUUUGCAGCGACUGCUGUGAGUGACGAACCGGUGCUUCCCAUACCCAUCAGGCCAACGAUCGAGGUCUUUCCUGGAUCUACCUCUCGCCAGCAAGAGACGUUGCUGAUUUCUCCAAACCCUGCAACGAAAGGAUUCGUUAUAACCUUCGCUAGAAGUGGAAAGCAUUUCUUGACCUCUGCGACACCUUCAACAUCUGGUCCCGGACCCUCACACACAAAGCACGUCUAUGGCAAUAUUGAUCGGUCCAAAAUCGAACCACGAAGAAAGAAUAGCAAUGACAUCAACUCUGGAAAAGAAAGCACUCGAAUCUGUACACUGUCCCGCGACACUUUGUCCCUACGUAAACGCCAUCAGGUUGACGACCCAUACGUCAACAGUCGGUUGGUGGAGAUGGAGUUCUCUGCUUCUACGUGGCAUGUACACGAACUCAAAGCAACUAUAUCUUUACUUUCGAAAUACGGUGACACAAGCCCCAUGGAGCCUGUGACUUUGAGAUGGCGAGGGCGCAGGGCAAGUCUCGAAGGUGUUCUGGAGAGAAAGAACACACCUGUUGCAGUUUGUGCAAAAGGAGAUGAGACAGAGGAGGGAGAGCUUGCCCAGAAAGAGCAUACACCCUUUCAGAGAACUUAUUUCAGCAGCCUCGUUAUGGCUGAAAUCGACAGUGUUCUUGCUUUGAAAGCAGCUGAGGCGUCCACAAAGGUUACAGUUGUCCCUAUCGAUUCAAUAUCAUAUUACACCAUCCUCGAAGGCCCACCCGAUGGACCGUUGGUUGUCCUGAUCCACGCCCUAAUGGCAAACCACCGUAUCUACGACAGCACAGUGAAUACUCUUCACAACCUAGGCUACCGAACCCUUCGUUACGAUCACGUUGGCCACAAUCUCACUCCCCCUCCCUCAGACCCCAAACUCAAUAAACAGGGCGCCUUCCAUUUUGACACUUUCUGCCACCACCUGAACAAGAUCAUCACAACAGUAACCGCAGACACCAUGCCAGCAGCCAUAAUCGGCUGCUCCAUAGGCGGCGUCCUCGCCCUCCGCUAUCACAUGCUCUACCCUCCACCCCCAGGCCAGACCACAAAGAUCCUCUCCAUGGCAGCUCCUGGCCUCAGCACACUUCCCGGAGCAGCAUAUAAAUGGAACCCUCGCAUUGCACAGUGGCGGCAAGAAGGCACAGUCACCAAUCUCGCCACACAAACAAUCAAUCGCUGGUUCCCACCUUCCACAAACUCGUCAUACACCCACGAGCAGAUCCGGUCCAUUGUAGAGUCCUGCACACUAGACGGGUACGAGAUUUGUGCCUGGGCAACCAUGAACUUUGACUAUACAGAUCAGCUCGAUCAGAUCAAGGAUGGUGAGAACAUCAUGAUUCUGGCCGGUUCUGAAGAUUCGAACAUCGGACCGAGGGAGGUGUUGUAUGAUGCAAGUAAGCGUAUUCGGGGAAGUAGAUAUGUUUUGCUGAGUGGCGUGGGCCAUCUUCCGCCAAUGCAUCCCAAGGAGUUUGAGCCUGUUUUGGUGGAGUUUUUAGGUCGAGCUACUAGGUAA